AUAAUAAAGUAGAGUUUAUGAUUUUUACUUAAAAUAUGGCGGCUGUCUCUGAAACAGCCGAUAUGACGAUUCAGAAGAAUUCACAGAUUUUAGUAAAUGUGGAAGAGGCAUUAGCAGAUUUAAUUGUGGUCUCUUAUUGUAGUGAAAACAAAAAAUUCCAAGGAAUACUCUUGGAUUCCCAGAAAGGUAAUUUACCUUUUGGAGUAUACAGUUUACAUCCGGCAUUUAGUAAAAAACCAGAAACUGCCAAUAGUGACAAUGAUAAGCUACAUUCCGUUAGUCAAAGGUUCACGUACCAAGAACCAAGUUAUGCUAGUGAGAUCACACAGAAGUCAAAAAAACCUGGUCCCAAGGCCAAAGCACAGAGACAGAAGAUGACAGUAAGGUUAAGACCCCGCAAGGUUUUGUGUUCUAAUUGCAAAGGGAUUUGCAAUGAUAACAGUGAAAAUGUGGACGUGUCUAGAAAACGCAAAUUAGAUUCAGAUGACGACACCGCUCGUGAAGCCUCUGAGUCAUCUUCUGUGGAAAAGAAAUUCCUAAUGGGCAGCAUGCUGAUACCUAAACUAUCGAGGCUUCACCCUCAUGAAAUAACCAGUGCCAUAAAAGGCUCUAAAACUAAUAAGGCUAGUGAAAAAUCAAUAAGUAAAAGUAAAGGGGAUAAAUGUAAUGUCAAUGAAAAGACAACUCAGGAACUUGCAUUUGUUGGUGUACCAGAGAGUGACAUAUCUGAUAAAGAAAUGAAAGAUGAGAAUGAGAACGGCACUGAUGUAUCAUUUAGUUCCAUGUUUCCUAGUGCUCGUAGACUAAAAAUUUGUUUUGGAGAAGGAGAAGGCACUGUGGUUAAAAUACCUCCUCCUUCUGGAGACUUUAAUGAAGACUCUGGUGUAUCAUGUGAUAUGUCUAAACCCCCAAAACCAGACUUGAAAGCAGCUAAAAAAGCAAUGAAAAGAGCUAAAAGACAAGCAAAGAAAAGUGCAGAUAAAACUGGUACAGACAGUUAUACUCAAUCACCCAAACAUAUAGGAGCUUUAUCACCUCGAAAUAAUAUGUCAAACAACCAGCCAAUUCUAGAUCCUUUAGAAAAGAAACAUAAGCACAAAGUUAAGCACAAAAAGAAGUAUAAAGCACAAAAGAAACGAGAUGAAAACACAAGUAAAAGUAAUGAGGAGACUGUGAAUUAUUUUAGUGAUAUUAAAGAUAAUUGCUUCGAUCAGAAGAUGUCUAUAAGUUUGAGGAGGUUAAGUAGCAAUUCAUACGAGCAGCAAGAGGAAGCUGAGAGUGAUUCAGAAGACUGGGAAGGAGAGGUUGUGCCGGAUUUUCCCGAGACUGCGGCGGAGAGUAGCGGUGGGAAGUUGAUAAGAGUAGCACCGGGAGAUAUUGUCUGGGGCAAGGUAACUGGUUUCCCUUGGUGGCCCGGAAGAGUGCUAAGUGUUACUGCUGCAUCAAAAGCGCAUGUUGCGUGGUACGCAUCUACAACUUCCUCAUUGAUGCCAUGUGACAGUUUGAGCCCAUUUUUAGAAGACUAUAAGAUACGCUUUAACAAGAAAAAGAGGGGUCCAUACAAGGAAGCUGUAAGACUAGCAACAAUUGAGGCUAAGAGGAUAGAAUCUCACACCGGUGAUCCGCUGGCUAGUCCAACGCACCCAAAUCUGUCCACAAUGUCUCCACGUCCCAUUGAUGUGUUCUCAUAAAGUAAUCUAGUAGGUUUACAAACCGAAUUUCAAAUACAUGUGAUAUUAUAAGGGUUUGUGUACAUUUUUGAUCAGGGCAGCACUGAACUAUUCAUUCUGUUACAAAUUUCAUUUGUUGAAGACAUAAAUCCUACUAUACUUUCUUCAUUUUUAAGUUUCUGUCCAACAUAUUUUGGCAUUAACAAUCCUGUGGGACUAUUGAACCAUGACAAAGCAUGUCUUAUUUUCUGUCACUUUCUACCUUAUUUGUUGACCACAGAGUUAGAGGUUCUCCCAUACUGGGCGUCUUUCGAGUGUGUUUGUCAAGCUAGCGCCUACCUAUAUGACGCACACACUGUUAGGCCGCCGCUAAGUAGGCGCUCGAAAGACGCCCAGUUUGGGGGGAAGAUAAGACAUGAUAUGCCUUGUCAAAAAUCGUGAAUAAUCCCGCAUAGCUAUCUUGGCGUUACAUACACCCAGAUUUAGGUAUGUAACAAUUUUAUGACUAAAUUAAAAAUGAUAGUUUACUUAAUUUUUUUCCUCGUAUUGGAAUGGUGCUGCCCUGUUAUUAUGUGGUGUGAUUUAAAAUAUCAAAAAAAGCAAAUGUUAAUGUGGCCUAUUCUUUCCUGCCAUAUUUUUGGUAAACAUUAGAAUGGCGCUGUUGAAAUGACAUAUCUUAGACAAACAUUUAGAUCUUGGUUUACACUGUAUUUUUGUAAUAUUAUUAUUGUGAUUUGUAAUUUAGGUUUUGGUUUAAUUAUUGGCGAAUUCACUGUUAGAAAAAGAUACUAAAAACUUUUAUGUCAUUCACAAAAUAAUGAAAUAGAAUUUAUAUGUUUUUAUUUCAGAACAAUUUUGUCUCUCAUUGUCAUUCUAAUGUGGACCAAUAUUGAGUUAUCAGCAUAUUCUAAAAAUUUUUGUAGCUAUUAAUCUUAUCUUAUAUUAAUGGCUGGGUGUCCUUUAUACUUUUCAAUUGUUAUAUGUUAUUACUUAUAUCACAGUCCCUUACAGGGUAGACCGAGCCAACAGUCUCGAAAAGACUGAAACGCCACAUUAAGCCUAUGUGUUCGUGCAAUAAAAAUCAGUUGUGGGUUAAAUAAGCUUAAAAAUUCUCUUCCUAACAUUCAUAAUCAAUUGAUUGGUCAACAAUUGGUCAUACAUUACACAAGUUUAUUACUUACAGUAAAAAAAAAUGUAUCCAUACAAUGGAUGGAUAAAAAAAUCCUGCCUUUUGAACUUGAACACUGUCAUCAAAUUAAGUACCUAAAUUGAGCAAGUUACGAGUAUUAAUGUGCAUUCACACAUGCCUGGCGAUUUUUAAUUCACUGCCUGACUAAAACUUUACAAAACUAUCGCUGUUUCGCUUUUUACGUGAAACGGGACGGCGGCGAUAGCUUUUCGCGCGUGUCAAGCUACUGGGGCUGAAUUGGGAAAGUUCAGUGAACCUAACCCAUGCUAGAAAAGGAUUUUAUUUACACAUGUAUACAGUUGCCUGAACGAGCAGAUAUCCCCACGAUGUUUCUCCUUAUCAUGAGAGCAUGAUAGUUUGCUUUAUAUAUUUAUAACUUUACUGUUUUGUCUUUAAAUCAAUGGGUUUACCAUUCCUUUUAUAUAGUAUAAUAUAAUGCUCUCGGUAUUGAAUUUGAAAACUGAUAAAUAUUAGAAUUUUUUCUUACUUUCAAAUGUUUUUACAAAUGACUUUAUUUACAGUAUUAAAAUUAGUGGUUGCUUUUUUAAAAAUAUUACAUAUCUGAAUUACUUUGUUUGUUUGAAAACACACUUGAUUAGUGCAUAAAAAAUAAUAUUUUUUGGAGCAUAAACAAAAAAUUUAAAAGUAGUUUUCGAAAAUAUUGUGCUUAAAUUCGAAACCAAGAGAUUGAAAUCAUUGUUUUUUUUAAUUGUUAUUUAUUUUUAAGGACUACAAAUAUUUCUAUUUUUAUAUCCCAAAUUAUUCACUACUCUAUUAUGUAUGAUAUUUUGUUGAUUGAUCUUAAUUUUUGUGUCACAGACAUUUGUUUAAUAGAUGUUAUUUUUGUAUCUUUAUUUUUAGCAUGGUAUAUUGUUUCAUCUUUAUUGUUUAUUUUCAAAAUUACUCAUUUAUCCAAAAGUUGACUGUUGACAAUAUGUUUCAAGUUAACAGUUUGAACAUGAACGUUAGUUGAAACAUACAAGCUAGGAGCUGACUCCUAAUCUAUAAUUUCGGAUUGAAAAAUUACCUGUUUUCGUUUUGCCUUCGUUUGUUCCUCAUUUGUGUACUCACAAAGAGAUGGAGGAAUACGAAAAAAAAUUAAAGAUCUAUUUUUAAAUUUUGCAAUAGGGAGUGUGGCUUCCUAUAUGAAUAGAUUUUUCAUCUCCAUGACCACUUGGAUAUUUACUGUGGUUUAGUUUACAAAUUCUAGAUUGUAUAAAUGCUAACUCAAAGAAUUUACUCUUUCAAUGUUUCAUUGGGCUAGGUAACUUAUUCUAUAUCGAUAUUACAUUAAACAUUUUGUUUACAGAUUUACAUUUCAAAUGCUAGAUUAUACGAACUCGGUGGCUCAUCAUUGCGAGAUUCUGGACUUGAUGUUGCCACUAAUAUCAAUUUUUCAUUUACAAAGUACAUUAAUAUUAAUUUUACUCCCAAAAUUAUAUUUUUAUAUUUAUAUACUCGGUUCAUAAAGUAAUUCUGCGAAGACAAAUAUACUUAUUAGGCCUACUAAAAUAUCUCGGUAUCAAGACUAGUAACAUAAACUAGGGUUUCAGAGUCUAUAAUUUUCAUUACCUUCUUAUUAUUGUUUUUUUGAUACUUUAAAAUGAGGCAAUGCAAAGUUCGUGUCAUCUAGCUGUAAUAGAAGAAAUAAAUUUUGCCAAAGACUUAUGAUCUUUGUCCUUAAAUUAUUUAGAUGUUCAUUGCAUAUUAAAAUGUGGUACCUUCUAUCGUAAGUAGUUUUCUGCAAUGUAUCUAUAUAAUGUUACAGGAACUGUAUAUUUUUCAAUAGAAAUAAGU